AUGGCAUUUGAUUCCAGCUACCCAGAGGACUUCAAAAAAGCCCUAAAGUACACAAUUUCCGACAAGGACAUCGACCAAUUCCUCAAACAUGGCGGCUCCCCGCGCUUCGUUUACGGGGUAUUGAUGCUCCCAACCGUUCUCAAGUACUACAUCGAUGAAGACCAGAGCAAGAACAUCCACAAGCAAAUGACACAAGCCACAUUACCCGGCUACCAGCUCUACGAAUUCGCCGAUUCCAGCGCGCCUGUUAUCGCGCCUUCGAACAAUCCUAAGGCCAAGGUUAAAGGAAUGUUGAUUUUUAAUCUCAGCAAUGAAGAGCGGAACUCUAUCUAUGAGUUUGAGAGUGGGCUGAUGCAGCUUUCGAGUGUGCAGGUCGAUAUCAUUCAGAAGAGUUACUUGGGGAAUGUGCAUGAAAUGCGGAAGAUCGAUGCUGGGGCUUUUGUUUGGGAUGGAAGUGUUCAUCUUUUGAGUCCUAUGAUUGGUCUUAGGGUUACUCAUGGGGCCAGUUGGGAUGUUGUUCCUUACCUGAAGGGUCGGUUUUACCGGGAUAUCAAAGCGUCGCAGCGUCGGGGUGCUCGUGAGAAGGAGACCAUGGAAAUGGAAUCUCAGACGAAGUAUUCGAAUUGGAAUCAGGCAGGAGGACAGGAACCUGCAUAUCGUGCCUCUCUCACAAAGAUGAUCACUCAGACGAGUGCAAAUGAGCUCAUGGAUGACGAUGAUGACUACUCUGGUACCUCGAGUCCCAAGACUGAAAUCUUCAUGUACACCCUCGACGAUCACGAGGCAAAGAACCGAUGA